UAUAUAUCAACAUCUUCCUUCGCGAUAUUAUAUUCUUCGUAAAAUAUAUUUAGCAAAAAGAUAAUUGAUAAAAUUAACGGGCUUUUGGGGUUGAUGAGUACCAUUUGAUUGUGAGCAAAUUUUAGUAGAAAGAUUUUACACCCCUGGUUUAUUGCAAGCAUGUGUUUGAAGAUUGCGUGCACGCUAGCACCGUGAGCCCGUACAUUCGAACUACGCUGCUAGUAGUAGUGAAUCAACCAGUGAGUUUGACGCGCGUGUAUAUUCACGCGCGCCGGGAUGCGUCAAUAAUAAAGAUUUGAACUGUGAACACGUGAAAAAAUUGAUAAAUAUGACUCCUCGACCUAAACCCUCCCCCCAUAGGUUGGGUCCCCCACCACAGCUCACAAGUCUUAAAGUGCCAGAAAUCAAACAAAGAUUUGAAAAGAAGGUUCAGCCAAAACUUCAAGAAAUCUUUUCUUCACAUGCCAAAAUCAUUGCCAGAUGGUUUCACACGAAGUUCAGUUGGAGAAGAUUUCUAAUGUCCUGGAUGAUAUUAUUGAUCGCUAGCAAAAUGGUUCUUCUUGCACUCACCUAUCAGUACUUUAGCCUGACAUCUCUGCUGUCUUUGCAGAUAUUCCACGGGGUUUGGACUCUAGCCUUUGUAGUACUCACGAUCAUCGAAUCCAAGAUGGUUCUCCCCAACGCCUCGUGUCUGCUAGCUGGUUACCUACCUGCUACUACAGUGCUACAUAUUCUUCUUAUACCAAGCGACUAUCCUCUAGAGUUUAUUAUAACUGAUGCAAUCUCUACACUGCUGGCUAUAGUGACGAUGUUUCUACUGCUGAGGUUGGAGUGCACCCAGAUAAUUGCUGAUGCUGAGAAAAACUGGAAAACAUCCCCUGCAAGUGAGGCUGGAACUAACUCUACAGUGGUCUCUAGUAAAGCAUCAACUCCUGAGAUAGAGAGACAUGUCAUUCGUCCAAUAGAAACUGUAGUGGCUUCACCCCAGUAUCAGGUGAACUACGCCAGCAUAGAUGAUAGAGAUAGACGAGAACUCAACAAUACCAAUAUGGGCUUUGAAGAGGGGAUAGAUCUGGAACCAAUAGAUUUCGAACAUUUUAUCGAGGAACCAGAACUCGGCAGGAAUCAGAUGGAGCGAAUGUUUAGUGUCAACUGUGUGGAUGGUCCGGCACGAGGAAGAUAGAUGAAAGUUCCAUUUCUCAAGAAACCUAAAAAUUCAAAUCUUUGUAAUGUAAUUUCUAGUCGUAGAUUCUAUAUUUAACACUUUCUCAUUUUCCUUGUUUAAAGAUCAAUAAAAAAGAAUUAAAAAUUGCUUUAUCCAAAUAAAGCGUCCUAGUUUUUCCUUUUUUAUUCAUCUGUUCUAAACUAUACAUCUAAUAUUAUUUAUUUAUUAUUGAUAGAAUAAAUUAAAAUUAUAUAAA